AUGUUUGCAGAUUCGAACUUCAGAGAUACGGCUAGUAGCAAUACAGACAUGAGGUACAUAGAACAUCGGAAUAUGAGUAGUAAUUUUGGUGCACAUAUGGAGGGUUUAAAGGAAGGACAUGCGAUGGAUUACAGGUUGCUCACAGAAGCGAUACUAGCGGCGAAUCUCUACGAUGGGAGGGAUCUCAUCCAAGAUUCUUGGAUGAUAGUAGUUGGGAAAAGGACUGUGGAUGUAUUCUCUCUGUCAAAAUUUGUAGAUAGUUUUUUCGAGAUACUGUUCCGACAUAUACCUUCACUUGAGUCAGUUUUCGAUACGACCCAAACAAAGGGAGAACUUGUUGCGCUGAUACUCGCUAUCAUUAUGACACUCGAUGAAGAUUCUAACCGCUACAAGGAGCAUGCACAGCGGAAAUUGCGCAAGCUGUGCAAGACAACGGGCAUUGGUAGACCGACGCUUCUUGUCUUGGGACGUGUGCUUAUACUUACAGUCUCUAUCAGUAUACCUGCUGAGGAUUUCACAGAUGCGGUAAAGCAGGCUUGGGUCAGAGCUUACAUCAGAGGGCUUAAUGGGGUUGUAUCCCAUAUAGACCGAGCAAUGCAGUAUAAAACAUUCGAGCAGGUGCUCAAGAACUACACAUGCAGUGAUCAAGAGUUUCUUGAAUUGGCAACGAAACCAAUCGGUGGAUUUUCAAGUACGGAUAGCUUCAUAAUAAAUUCAAACGCGGUCGGUGCACGGCCUGUUGAAAUUCAGGACCAGCUUCUUGAUGCCGAAAUAACCAAUACAUUAAUGGGUAGUAAGCCCAAGAGACGUUCAUCGCAAAUACGUUCGAGGCCGAGAGAAGAGAACGUUGAGUUGCUGCCAGAGUCCGAUUGCGAACAAAAAUAG